AAAAAAUAUCCAUAUUUGCAAAUGUCAACGAAAGUAAAAAUUUCAAAAAGAGGGUAGUAAUAUGAAGUGGCUUAAAAAGAAAAUUAUAGUCCAUUUAGUAAUUUAUCACUUUGCCCAAAAUCAAUAAUUGCUUUAGCAUAAUCUUCAUAUGAUUUAUAACUUAUAGAAGUAACCCUAAAUUAACUCAAAACUCCAAGUAAUUCAAAACAUGAAAUACAUUUGAAUAGAAUGAGAUAAAUAGCAGAUAAAUAAGAAACCUUUGUUCAUGGUUCAAUCAGUACAAAUAGUUAACUAGAAACUAUUGUAUAAUAUAGUGAUCAUUCAUUUUAUGAUUAAAUGGAUACAACACAUAGAAAAAAUAGUUUACAUUAUUUUGAUGAAUCUUAUCAACACUUUUGA